AUGAAUAAGAAUGUGUUUUUUGAAGUUUCUGAAGUGAAGGGAAGUACAAAGAAUCUUAUUGGAAAGAUUGUCAUGUCUUUAAAUGACAAAGAAGUUCCUGAAACCGCCAAGAACUUUAGAGAGCUUUGUAAGAGGCCAGAGGGUAGCGGAUACUUGAUGUCUACAUUCCACAGGAUUAUUCCUGGAUUCAUGAUACAGGGAGGAGACUACACAGCACAUAAUGGAACAGGCGGAAGAAGCAUAUUCCCAACAAGCACAUUCCCUGAUGAGAACUUCAUAAUCAAGCAUACGGGUGAAGGAUUGCUUUCAAUGGCAAACUGUGGUAGGAACACAAAUGGAUCUCAAUUCUUUAUUACGCUUGCUAUGACACCAUGGCUCGAUGGGGGGCAUGUUGUUUUUGGAAAGGUUGUUGAGGGAAUCGAAGUUGUGCGCAACAUUGCAAAGUAUGGCUCAAAAUCAGGAGAAGUGAAGAAUGGCUAUAAGAUUCAAAUCUCUGCAUGUGGAGAGGUUUAA